CAUUCAGUCUAGACACAACUUGAGCUUCGUGGUGAAAUAGCGGCUUGUGAAGGGCUUGAGCCCUGUUUUAUAAAUCCGUUGCAAUUACAAUUAUUUUUACUUCGAUUUGAUUGGUUUUGAUAAAUAUAGAUUGAAGGAUCAGUAGGAAGCACCUUGAGUCUGCUUGUCAGUUUCUAUCAGUUGGUAGACAUGUAGAACGUUCAUCGACAGUCAGAUGUCCAGAUGAGGCCGCGCCGCGGAAAAGUUCUUUUCAAAUCAGUUUCAACCGCUUCGCUCAGUUCGAUCUGAGACAAUUUGGUCCUACCCCUAUCAGCCAUGGCCAUGAACUUACUUUGCAACGUCCAAACUUGUCGUAAGCCCCUGACUAGUACGCUCUGGGUUACAAGCUGCUCACAUUCUUUCUGCGAGGACCACGCAAAAACAUUAUCUCACAAAAAUAUUAAGUGUCCUGCCUGUGGCACUCUUCUUGGCAAACGCUUCGACGUUAUUCGACAGAAUUCUAACCCUGCUGAAGAAUUCAAAGCGAUGUUACUAGUUGGCCUUAGACCAGAAAUAGUUUUAGAUAUUGCAAUGCGUGCCGUGUCAUUUUGGAAUUACCAAGUAGAACAGGAACUCAAAUAUCAGGCAAACUCUGCAAAUCAAUUGCUUGAAACAAAAGAGAAGGCCAGUAUCAAUCAGACUACUUUGAUGAAACAAUUAGCCUUGGCUAAAAAUACUAUUGCUGGUAAUGAGAAGCAGAUAAAUGAUCAGAAAAGCACCAUUAAAUUCCUCAAGAGUGCACUAUCUCACAAAGACCAACAACUCAAGAAAAUGCAGCAUGGGCUCUUUCAUACUAAAAGCAAAACUCAAGAUAUUCAUGUAACAAACAGUGAGACCGAAGAUGUUCAUUUUCGCAAAGAAAAUACUCACAAUGCUGGCAAGAAAAAAGUUUUCAUCUUUGAGCCGCGCAUUUCUUCUCAAAGGAAUGAUUUAUAAAUUAUUUCCAGAACUUCUCUUUAAUUUCUAUUUCUUUGGCCUCUAUGAUGUAAAGUUUUCUUUUUCCCUCCUUGCCUAAUACUAUUUUACAUACAGACUAUUAUGUUGUACAUUGAUCAUUUCCUUACACAAAAUUAUUCAUGAUGAACAAUAAAAUUUUCAUGUCAGUAUUACUAA